AUGAUGAACUCGUUUAGCAGUUUGGAGUGUGAUAAGGUAUUUGACAAAGAAGAUAAGCCAUUCUCGUUUCUAGAGUAUUUCUCUUAUCAAAGCGAGUUCACCAAUAAUUUCUUUGGAUUGGAAGAUGAAAUUAUUUCCUCUGGCAACUAUGAUUAUUAUCUUCCAUCUGCCUCAAACUUUCUGGCUUUACCUGAUCUUGAACCCAUCUCCAUCGUCUCUCAUGAAGAUUUACUUAACGAGUACGGUUCUGUUUCAUGGACUGAAAAAGAGUCGAUGUUUGAUGAACAUCAAAGAGAAGAUUUUGAUUUGGUGAAAAAGACUGAAACUGUCAAGAAAAGAGUCAGAGAAGAAUGUGCUUAUAGUAGCUAUGUUGCAAAGCCAUUGUCGAAGGAAACCAUCUCAUUGUACUAUGACAUGCCAAUAGCUCAAGCGGCUAAGGAGCUUAACAUUGGUUUAACUCUUUUGAAGAAGAAAUGUCGUGACUUGGGUAUUCAGCGUUGGCCUCAUCGUAAGUUCAUGAGCCUAGAUAAUCUCAUCGAGAAUGUCAAGGAGAAGUUGGAGAAAGGGGAAGGGAACGCAGAUGAGCAAAGAAAAAAAUUGGAAAAGCUCAAGAAGGAGAAGAAAAGGAUGAAGGAGUCUCCAGAUUUGGAAUAUGAGGAUAAGACAAAGAGAUUGAGACAAGCUUGUUACAAGGCUAACCAUAAGAGAAAGAGAAGACUUGUCAUGUCUACGUCAACCGCAUGA